AUGGUCCGGUUGCUGAUCUCUGUGUAUUCAGGAACACUUGUGGGGGGGGAUCUCCUGCUAAACAGACUUGCUGCUUUUUACUGUGUAUGGAUUUCUGCAGUGUACUGUACUUUCUCAAAAAAUUGUCAGAACUUACGUACAAGUAACUUGGAAGAAGAACUUGGAAUUACUAACCUGUGCAAUGUUAGUGACAUCACUGGAGCAUGCACACAGGGAUGUCAGGUUUGGAAUGCAACGGUGCAAAUCAAUUGCCCGCUGGAAUGUAACAAGACAUACACCAGAGCAUGUGAGGUAAUUUCCUGUAAGUUUUGGUGUAGCAGUGCAGAGGAUGCAUAUGGAGUUGAAGCACUAAAUUACUUGAACAAGCCUAGAGCACCAUUUGCAUCUACUAUUGGAAACCACCAGCUGGGGUGGAAGCCAGCUAACUUUUCUGGGGUGAAAUAUAUUAUCCACUGGAAGUUCAGUCAGCUCCCUGGAGACUGGAGGUACACAGAGGUAGUUUCUGAAACUUCAUAUACAAUCAAAGACCUUCAAGCCUUCACAGAAUAUGUGUUUUGAGUAGUUUGGAUCAUUACAUCUCAGCUACAGCUCCGUUCUUCAUCUAGUCCCAGUUACAAGACACAUGCUUUUGGAGUUAAUGAAUUGCACUCUCCUACGACAGCUCCUGCCAUUAAAGAUAUUUAGAGUUCAAGUCCAAACACUGUUGAAGUUAGCUGGUCUCCACCACUUUUUCCGAAUGAAUUGAUUGUUGGAUAUAACUUGCUCCUGACCGGUAGGAAUCAAGAACUGUUGAGAGCCUCAAGAGGGCAUAGCUUUCAGUUCUACUCUACCUUCCCAAACAGAAUUUCUGUGAAUGUCUAUCAGCAAGUUGUCUAUUUUUCUGAGGGGAAUUCAAUCUGGGUGAAAGGAGCUGCAAAUAUGUCUGAUGUAUCUGACCUAAUGCUCUUUUACGCUGGCUGAGGGAAUAUUACGUCCAUCUCAGUAGACUGGCUUUACCAGAGAAUAUACUUUGUCAUGAAUGAAAAGAUACACGUCUGCCAUUUAGAGAAGUGCACAGCAGCUGAAGACAUCGCUCCUCUUUAUGUGACAUCCCCUAGGAAGGUUAUAGCUGAUCCCUGUAACGGCUGUAUCUUCUGUCUCCUGGAGGAUGGCAUACACAGAGCAAACCUUCCACUCUUUCCUGGCACUGCCUCCACAACUUCAUCAGUAGUGAAAUCCAGCGCUCUGAGAGACUUCAUGAUCAGCUUCCAGUCUAAGAGACUUACUUUCUUCAACAAAACAGAACAGGUCUUUGUGUCAGGUUAUCUUGAUGGUUCAGAAUUUCACACGCUGCGAUCACACGUGCCACUUAAUGACAUGGAGAGCUUUGUUUAUGAGGAUAACAUGUUUACUGUCACAGAUGGCUGGGCAGUGUUCCAUGAGGAGGUCUCUCCAGUGGGGAGUUCUAGCUUCAAUGAGUAUGUUGAUUGCAAUUUGGCAUAUCCUGAGUACUUUGGCUUUGGCAACUUGUUUUUCUAUGGGGCAUCAGCCCAGCCUUUUCCUUUACCAACUCCUCCUUGGCUUUUCACGGCACUAUUUGGAUUGGACCAAGCUGUGAUCAGCUGGAGACCACCUGAACACACUACUGGGAGCAGUCUAUCUGCUUGGCAGAACUGGACCUGUGAUGUGGAACUGUCAUCUCGGCACCCAUCUGAGGAGGAAUGGUUUGUCGCAUAUGAAGUGUCAGUCAGAGCUUUGUCUUCUGCUGGUGAAGGGCCGUGGUUGGAGUCAUUUAGAGGCACAACUUUAGAAGAAGCUGAAGAAGAACUGUAUAUGCUGGCAGUGGGGGCUGAAGGGCUCUGGAAGCAGCGGUUGGAUAGCUACGGGCCAGGAGAACUCCUCCAUCCUCAUAUAAGAAAUAUUGCGGACCUCGAGUGGUAUAAUGACAGUCUUUAUUGGAUUAAUUCCAUGGGGGAAGUUCAGACCUGGUCAUUGAACAAAAGAGAGGGUACCACUGAGAAUACUUACGUAUCUCAUGUCAGAAAUGCAAGGAUGUUGGCCUUUGACUGGUUGGGUCAGUGCUUGUACGGGGCUGGCAAAACAAAUAUGAUCUACAGAAAAUCACUGCUGGGAGGCCAUAUGGAUGUUGUGGCUUAUGUUGUGUUCCUAGUGAAGGAUCUAGCAGUGGAUUCAGUAAAUGGCUAUUUGUACUGGGCCACACUGUAUUCAGUGGAGAGCACAAGACUGAAUGGAGAGGAGUGUCUUAUAUUACAAGAGCAGCUACAGUUUACUGGUAAACAGGUGGUUGGUUUAACUUUGGAUCUCACCUGUGGUUUUCUUUACUGGCUUGUGCAAGAUAGUCUAUGCCUAAACCUAUACAGAGCUUCUCUUUGCAAAGAAGGUUGUGGUAAUGCCUUCAUCACAGAAUUUGCAGCAUGGAGUACUUCAGAAAUAUCUCAGGGUGUACUAGAAUACUACAGUGGUCGUCUGUUCUGGAUUGAUAGUCUUCAGUUCAUUGCAACUCAAGAAGUCAAUCAGAGCCUUAGCAUUCCCUUCUUGCAGCCAGCAGAGUUUGCAGCCUUUAUCCUUGUUCACACAUCACUUAAACUUUUGCCAGGAAUUUUUUCCUUUACACCAAAAGUGAUUCCAGAUUCAGUGCCAGGGUCUUCCUCCAGAAUUAAAGGAAAUUCUUCAAGUUUUCACAUCACUUGGAGUCCCUCCACAAAUGUGGAAUGGGGAACUGUCUUUUACUGCAUGGCAUCAAAAGCUCUACGUGUGAGGACUUUGGAGAGUGAACGGUGCCCCCCCCCCAACCUGACAGUGCCAUCCUACCGAGUUGUUUGGCUGGAACCAUUUGCACUCUUUGAUUUUACCAACACUCCAUACACAUACUGGGGCAAGGCACCAACAACAUCUGUAUCCCUUCGAGCCCCCCUGAAGGAGGUCUAA